UGCUUACCUUACUGUGCCGGGCUCGCCGUCGACAAUGGGUUAAUUCACCCGCUCCUGCCUUGAUUUCACUCGUGCAGUCAGAAAAUUACGGUUCUCGUCUACAGCCUCCGAGGCGUCUGAGGACUUAACUGAGUCAACUCAUCUAUCACCCAAGAGUCAUGAUGGCCAUUCCAUACCACCUCCUCAAAGCUUGCGGCAGCUUCAUCUUCGCUGCACAGGGCAGCAACAUCCACUCCUUCAACUCAGCCCUAGAGCAUAUUUCGACAUGGAAGUACCCGGUGAAGCAAGAAGAUGAGUCGAGUGGGCAAUCCACUGAGCCCCGGGAUUUACCAGCGCUCGAGGGACCACCAACGAAACGUAGGAAAGUUGAGGAUGGCCAAGAGUCGACUAGUAAUGGCCAUGCUACUGAGCCCGCGAACGGUCAGGGGAAGAGCAAAAGCGUGGAUAAAUACGCCCAUCCUGCCUAUGAGAAGCCGUUCAUUCAGGGUCUCUACGCCACUACGGAUGGCCGCCACCUCGUAGCCAUCACGGGCUCUGACAAGACAAUCUGGGUAUUUGAGCACGACGGCGCAGGCAAUCUCAAGCAGCUCAGCCAGAGGGCCAUGCCCAAACGCCCCUGCUCCCUGGCGCUCACCCGGGACAACCGCACGAUCCUCUCGGCGGACAAAUUCGGCGAUGUCUACGCCCUCCCCUUGAUCCCCGCUCCCUCCUUCUCCUCCUCCUCCUCCACUGCUACCACCACGACGACGCCGCAGCCCCUAUCCCGUAGCGCAACACCGGCACUACCCCCCAAGCCGCAGGCGAACGAGCUCACGGUGCACACCAAACGCAACCUGAGGGCGCUCGAGAACCAAAAGAUCAGCCUGAACCGCAAAGCCCAACAACAACAACAACAACAGGAAUCCCAGCAGACCCAGCCGCAGUUCGAGCAUACCCUACUCCUAGGCCACGUUUCCAUGCUCACCGCGAUCUGCGUCGGCACGGAGCGUGUGGCGGCGGACCGGGAGAGGGAGUACAUCAUCACGGCCGACCGGGACGAGCACAUCCGCGUGUCGCGGGGGAUGCCGCAGGCGCAUGUGAUCGAGGGGUUCUGUCUGGGCCACGAGGAGUUUGUGAGCCGGUUGUGUGUGGGGCCGGGGGGUAGGCGGGAGAUUCUGGUAUCGGGAGGCGGCGACGACGAUCUGUUUGUGUGGGACUGGGCGAAGGGGAGGUUGCUCGGCCGGGCGGGCGUGCUGGAGCACGUGAAGGGAGUCAUCGGGGAGAGCGUGAGCAAGGUUGCGGUGACGAAGCUGCUUGGAUGUCUGUGGAAGGGGAAGGCGUGCGUGUUUGUUGUGGUUGAGCGCCUCCCCGCUGUCUUCCUCUAUGAGCUCCUUGAGGACAACACCCUUCAACAUCGCGAGACCGUCCGGCUGCCAGGGAACCUGCUCGACGUGGAGGUCAUCGAGCUGUCUGGUGAAGCACAACGGCUUCUAGCUGCCGUGGACUUCGACUCUUCAACUGAUGAGGCCAACAGGAGUAGUUCUUCGCUGAUUAUCCUGGACAAGCAAGAAGCGGGCUGGCAAAAGAGCAAGGUCGAGAAUCUACCAGCUAUUGGUGAUAUCAACAUCAGCGAGGACGAGCUGCAAAAGAUCUUGUAUACUACAGAAAGCUUACGCAAGCUCAGUGACUUCGACUGAGCACAUAGAGGGCGCCAAUGAGUCAGCCUCUGGUUCCUGGCUAGUUUAUGACCAGGAGUGUCAUCAAGGAAAACCUCGCCUGACAUGCGGUCUCCGAUUGGAUGAGUUAUAAGGACUCUUUGUAACCAGAGUAUACCCUGACGACUAGAGGAUGAAAAAGGCCGUGUACCACGCUUCUAACUCUGGUUCAAGUGAUGAGUCAAGCAAAAGAAUCAUCAUAUGGGAAAAGAAAGUGAUAGAAGAAGAAUGUGGGAGAGAAAGACGGGAAAAUGGCAGGAGAAUUAAAAGAAGGAGGAGAGGAAGGAGUUGAAAAAGAAGCCAUGGUAGGUAGCAGACCAAAUCCCGUUCCUUCUCCUGAAGUAUGAAUCUAGGGGGCCUCAAUCUUUCUCAGACGGGAGUACGAGACCUUUGUGGCCAAAAAGAACCUGGUGAGAAUGGAGGCAACGUUCACCGAAGAUGUUCAAAUG